UGUGACUCUUGAUGAUAAUCAUCAUUAAAAAACAUAAUCACGUGAUGCAACGAUCUAGACAAAUUACAGAGACAAACAGUAUAAUUACUUGAAAAUGAAGCAACAAUUGGGAGGAGCUCUGGAUGAUUUCUGCGGUGAUGCGAGUGGAGAGUACAACCCUUCUCUUUACAUCCAUGGAACAAUCACAGAGCCUGUAAACUGGAGGAAGAGACAGCUGCUGUCCUCUGGAGAAAAUGGAUCACGGCAGAGCAGGGAGAAGAUGAUCUGCAAGAUCCUUCUGCUCAUCAGCCUGACCUCCUGUGUCUGUGGAACAUUUGUAGUGAAAGUGACACAGACCUCCUAUCAGGCAGAGGAGAACGACAACAUCACACUGGAAUGGAUGUUUACAACCAAACCUGACAGUUCCUCCACCUCACUUAACAUUAUCUGUCAACUGUUUACUGAUGUUAAACACUUGAUCCUGUAUCAUGUACAUGAGGGUGUUGAGUCUCCAGAGUCUCAGGAUGGACAGUUUGCAGGACGAGUUCAGUGUGACAAAGACGCCCUCAGAGAAGGACGAAUCAGACUUCAUGUGUCCAGACUCAGGACUGAUGACUCGGGUCUUUACCUGUGUGAAAUGAAAACAGAUUAUGGUGAAAGCUCUGGCAGAUGUCGACUCAAUGUCACUGCAGCUGUUGAUCAGCCCAAACCUCAGAAACCUACUGUGAGACCACAACCAGAGAGUCGGGGAAGUCAGGGUACUCACAGCAGCUGUAUUCUCUGUCUAUGCUGGACUCUAUUUUGCCUUCAGACUUUGUUUUAUUAAAUCUCCUGAUAAGACAGAAAACAUUGAUACAGCAGUAUAGAAGUUGUGUUGCUCAGAGAUCAGACUUCUGUCUGUCACUGCAUCUUUUUACCUUCUGGGUCCAUGAAGCUGCUUUUUCCUGCACAUCCAACCAGACCUCUGACCUUUUCACCUGAGAGAACCCAGCAGGAUGAGAGUGUGAGAGAGGAGAACAACAUUUGAUUAGACCCAUCAGGACUAACAAGGUCUGUCUGGAGGAUCAUCUUUAUCUAAGAGGGUCAUUAGAGCUUUAUUUAUUAUUUAAUAUGAAGAAGAUCUCCAUCAGCUUCUGCAUCAUUAAAUAGCCAUAAGUCAUUAAAAUAUCGGAAGCAUUGCAAAUAACAAAAUAGUAAUAAAUGUAGUCAGUUUUUACAAUGAUAAUACAAUGAAACAUUAACCAAACUAUGUAAAAACAUUAUUCUCUUCUGGGAUAAACACCACAAAUAAGCCACUUUGCAAGUUGAUUCCAUUUUACACAAAAUUUAACCACAAACUUGUACUCCAACACUUCUAUGUGUUUUAUCCAAGUUACUACUAAUCACACAGACUUUACUGUUCAUUAUUACUCUCAACUUGGGUCAGACCAUCCAUCAUGUGUUACAGGUGUCAGAGUUCAGAGAGGAGAUUAAAUUAAAAAUGAUCUACUGAAUUAUGACUCAACAAAUAACAAAACCAAGACAACAGACAUGAAGCUGUUCUUGUCUUAAGAACUAAGACUUUGUGUCAGAUUUUAGCUGUGAGGAGAGAGUUUAGAGGAGCAUUAAGCAGUUUACUUGUAAGUCUUUGUUCCAGCACUCAUAGACACAAACAGUCUGUGGUCGAGACCUAAUGAGUGAAACUUGACUUUAACAAGCAACGACUUUCUAAACACUCAUUAAACUGCAUCACUUCAGAGCAAAACCCACUUUAAGAAAAUGUUUUCUGUGAUACUAAACCUGUGUAAAUUUAAACCAGCAGCAGCCUGGAGGUUAAAACCAACACAUUCAACUGUUAACGUUCAAAUUUUGAAUCAUUUACUGCUGUUUUCAUUGGAAUGCUUCAAUGAUGUAAUGAAUCAGUCCUCUGGGCUUGUUUGGUCGACAUGUAGAAGACCUGAGUUUCUUAUGAGGAGCAGAAUAAAAUCAACGAGUCUAAAGGUGUAAAUGAGCACUGUUAGGGCUGUAUGUGUUGCCUGUGUUUUUUGUGUCUCCUGUCUAUUGCUCCGCUCAGGUCAUCCACACUGAAUCAGUCCACAAUGAGGUGCACCUGGUCCAGGGAGGAAAAGGGUUAAAUGCUCCAUGUUCCUGCUGCAGAGAGGCUUCUUGUUUGCGGACUGCUGGUUCUGCCUCUCAGUCUGGGAUUUUAUGUUAUUUAGUUUAUCUGUUGUAUUUUGAUUGUUUACAGCAUUUAUUUAGUCUCCUGGUUGUUUUGUAUGUUUUUGUUAAUAAAUCCAAUGGUUUGGGUGUUUUAAAAGGUGUUUUACUUUGUUUAGAGUUUCAUUUUGGGUAAAUGGUGGAUUGAUGUUCGCCCCAUAGGGCUGAACAAGGGUGGGGUGUAACAAGCACAAAGCUGUAACCUGCAGCCAGGUGAGGAUCUCUAAACAAGAUGAGCUGACUUCCAGUGAAGAGCUGUCUCUGCUGAUCUUUAUCCUUAAUACCAGUGUCAACAACUCAAAGCUUUUCUCUCAAACAUACAUGUGAAAGACUGAUAAUCAAUAACAGACAGUAAAUAAGAGCUCGCUGUAACAGACAGGAUUAAAAACAGCAACAGUAAAUCUCAGUUUCAACUGCACAUUACAAUAAAACA